AUGGAGAAUGCUCCUCAAAAAUCUCCUGUAGACGAGCCAGAGAAAGGAAUAGGGAAAGGUCACGACGUUGAGAAUGGCCGUUCCAACGUGGCCAACAUCAACUUUCAAGAUGAGGAUUUCAUGACCCGAAAUGGCCUCAACUUCAACUCCUUCAGGUGUAAGGUCUACGGUCGAGGUGUGGUUGAGAUGGACCGGGCCAUGAGCACACGUCAUCUGCACAUGAUUGCCAUUGGUGGCUCCAUUGGAGCUGGAUUCUUUGUUGGCUCUGGCGGUGUGCUUUCCUCAGGAGGUCCUGCUUCCGUUCUGCUUUGCUAUGCCAUCAUGGGUGUCAUGGUUUUCAAUGUUGUCUAUGCACUUGGAGAAUUGGCCGUCAUGUUUCCCGUUUCCGGAGGCUUCUACACCUACGCGACUAGGUUUAUCGACCCAUCGUGGGGAUUUGCUCUGGGCUGGAACUACUCUUUCCAGUGGUGCGUCACCUUGCCACUAGAGUUGACUGUCUGCGCCAUGGUUGUCAAGUACUGGAAUGCAGAUAUAAGCCCCGGUGUCUGGAUCACCGUCUUUCUCAUCGCCAUCAUCAUCGUGAACAUUUUCGGAAGUAUCGGCUACGCCGAGGAAGAAUUCUGGGCGGCCCUACUCAAGAUGGGCGCCAUCGUCAUCUUUCUCAUCAUCUGCCUAGUGCUAGUUCUCGGCGGUGGUCCUGAAAGUGGCCGGUAUCACGAAUACUGGGGCGCCCGCCUCUGGUAUGACCCCGGUGCUUUUCGAAACGGCUUCAAGGGCUUUUGCUCCGUGUUUGUGACGGCUGCAUUCUCGUUUGCAGGUACUGAGCUUGUUGGUCUUUCAGCAGCUGAGUCUAAGACCCCAACAAAGAGUGUGCCAGGAGCCAUCAAGCAGGUCUUCUGGCGAAUUACGUUGUUCUACGUACUCGGCAUGCUCUUCAUCGGUCUUCUUAUCCCUUCCACAGACCCCUCACUUAUCUCAAGCAGUUCAUAUGCCGAUGUCAAAGCGUCUCCGUUCGUACUUGUCGGAAAGUACGCAGGGCUUGUGGGCUUCGAUCACUUCAUGAACUUUGUUAUUCUUGUUUCUGCCCUCUCCAUUGGCGUUUCGGGUGUCUAUGGAGGUUCCCGCACAAUCACCGCUCUCGGGCAACUCGGGUACGCUCCCAAGUGGUUCACGUACAUCGACCGCUCCGGUCGACCACUCGCCUCUGUGGCACUCGUUUUGUUGUUUGGCCCAAUUGCCUACGUCAGUCUCGCGGCUGAAGGCUCUGAGGUGUUCGACUGGCUCCUCGCCACUGCUGGUUUAGCUACUCUCUUCACCUGGGGGUCCAUCUGCAUUGCGCACAUCCGGUUCCGCAAGGCCUGGGCACACCACGGACACACGUUGGAUGAGAUUCCAUUCUGUGCUGCCGGUGGUGUGUACGGAUCAUAUCUGGGAUUAGUCCUCGUUGUGGUGGUAUUUGUGGCUCAGAUCUUCACAGCGAUUGCGCCCCCUGGACUUGGAUCGGAGCUGAAUGAUGCUAAAGGUUUUUUCAAGUCAUGCCUUGCACUUCCCGUUAUUGUAUGUCUUUGGGUUGGGGGUUUCUUGUGGAAACGAACCUCUUGGUUGAAGGUUGAAGAUAUGGACGUGGACUCUGGCCGAAGGGAGUUUGACUGGAACUAUAUCAGGGCUCAGAAAGCAGAGAUUCAGUCUCUUCCUACCUGGAGACGGAUUCUUGCCAAACUCUUGUGA